UGCACAAUCAGUCGUACCAACAACACGCGAGCUUUCCGUUAUCAGCUCAUUCGUUUCCCGCGCCUCAAACAAGUGGUCGACUCGCCGGCACACGUGUUGCAACCAUCAUGAACCGCACUCGUAUAGUACAGCACCAGGAUCUGUUGGACAUCGUGUCCUUCCUGUGCGAAUAUAGGGGCUACCGCUUCGAGCAUGUCAAAGGCCAGAGGAUCUACACGCACCCGGCCGCCAUCAAGGUGCCGCGGCCCCAACGCGGCUCCGAGAUCUACAUCGGCAAGCUGGGUAAGAACGUGAUGGAGGACCAGCUGGUGCCGCUGUUCGAGAGGCUGGGUCGCCUCUACGAGUUCCGCAUGAUGACCGACUCGCAGUUCAGGUCGAGGGGAUUCGCUUUCGCCACGUACUUCGAGAUGCACAACGCCGACCGGGCGAUCCGGAAGCUGGACAGCUUGGAGCUCGAGGACGGCGUAAAAAUCGUCGUGGAGAAGUCCGUGGACAAUCGCACUUUGUACUUGAACGGUCUAGAUCCGAAUGUGACGGAGGAGGACGUCAAAAAUCUGUUGAACAUAUAUUUGGAGGGCAUCCAGCGGGUGUCAGUGCUGCCCAGUCGUCGCGACUAUAACCUCAAUCGAGGCUACGGCUUCGUGGAGUUCAGCAGCCACCGCCAGGCCACCAUCGCUCGCCACUCAUUGGUGUGGAACAAUCUAACGCUCUUAGAUCAAGGACUGCAGGUGGACUGGGCUGAAACCAGCCCUCCUCGAUGCGGCGUUGAUCAGCCGACCAACAUGCGUACCCUGUAUAUGCGGAACAUCCCGUUGGAAUUUUCGGAUAGGGAUUUGAAGAGGGCGAUUAAAAAAAGGUUGCAGCACGUGCACGUUCAAAACGUUUACAAAAAUAUAAACCAAAAUCAUGCCUACGUCUAUUUCGUCAAAAGGAAGGCGGCCCGCAAAGCUUUCAACCAAUUACAAGGUUUUAGAAUAGAAGGCAAUAAAGUUCAGGUUGAAUGGGCUCUCCCGAAGAUGCAGAAGGUCAAGUUACCGGACCAUACAGAUGAACUCGCGCUUUUGAAUCGUCGCAGGAACAUUGAUCAAGUAAAUGCGAAACCAUUUACUGUGCCACCUUAUCCACGUAGAUCAUUAAAUCUAGAUUGCAGAAAAUUGGAACAAUCAACUGGAGCUAACGCGCCUAGGAAGAUUACCAAAUUCGUACAAGAUACGGCUAUUAACUGCUGAACUACUUCAGUUCUGCAUCAAGUUUCUGAGGCAAACUGAGCCACUGAGAAUAACAGAACCUUGCGGAGGAACUGCAGUUUUUUCCU